CUGCGCGCGGGCAGAAGCCGCAGAAACCGAGCCCCGUACUCCUGCCACUAAACGUCCAAUAACGGAGAUACAAGGGAAAGGAAACAUAACGUGGGCUUCGGGACGUUUCUACUGUUUGAGUGAGAACCACGGAUAUGCACGUUUGUUGUGAUGAAAAUGUUCUUUAACGGCAGGGAGAAAUCUGGAAAUCUUAGAUAACAUUUCUUUUGGAUACUUUUUACGAACUUUAAUCGGUGGACUUGGAUACCAGCUCUAAUUCAAGCAAAGCGGUUUGUUUUUAUUUGCGGUGGAGCCGCUGACCGCACACUCUGAAGCGGACCAACUUCUCCAGAUCCCAGUGUACUAUAAACAGCCGCGCAGAGCUGUUCAUCUGAUCUCUUUAGAAUAACUAUUCCUUUGGAAAGACAAAAUGCAUCAGCCCUGGACUAUGGAUGCUCUCUCCUCAGUGGUGUUGGCCCUCGCUCUACUGUCCGGUGCCGGACCGAUGGGGCUGGCGCACGGCUUCGGCGAGGAGACGGAGGAGAUGACCUGUGAUCCGAUCCGCAUCGCGAUGUGUCAAGAUCUGGGCUAUAAUGUCACUAAAAUGCCCAACCUGGUCGGCAACGUGCUCCAGUCUGACGCGGAGUUACAACUGACAACUUUCACACCACUCAUACAGUACGGCUGUUCCAGCCAGCUGAAGUUCUUCCUGUGUUCCGUCUAUGUGCCCAUGUGCACAGACAAGGUGCCCAUCCCUAUUGGCCCGUGCGGCAGCAUGUGCCUGUCUGUCAAGAGGAAGUGCCUCCCGGUCCUGACGGAGUUCGGCUUCGUGUGGCCGGAGCUGCUGAACUGCAGCCUGUUCCCCCCCCAGAACGACCACAACCACAUGUGCAUGGAGGGCCCGGGGGACGAGGAGACCCCCUACCACCCUCCCCGGCCCCUGCCCCCCCAGGAGGAGGAGUGCCAGGCGCUGGGGGCGGGGCCGGACCAGUACGCCUGGGUGAGGCGGAGCCACAGCUGCGCGCUGCAGUGCGGAUACGACAGCGGGCUGUAUCGCCGCGGCGCCAAGGUGUUCACGGACGCCUGGAUGGCGGUGUGGGCGGUGCUCUGCUUCCUCUGCACCACCCUCACCGUGCUCACCUUCCUCCUGGACUCCGCCCGCUUCUCCUACCCCGAGCGGCCGAUCAUCUUCCUGUCCAUGUGCUGCAACCUCUACAGCGUGGCCUAUCUGGUUCGCCUGACUCUGGGUCGCGAGCGUGUGUCAUGUGACCUGGAGGAGGCAGCAGUGCCCGUCUUGGUGCAGGAAGGGCUGAAGAGCACCGGCUGUGCCAUCGUCUUCCUGCUGCUCUACUUCUUUGGCAUGGCCUCCUCCCUCUGGUGGGUGAUCCUGACCCUCACCUGGUUCCUGGCGGCGGGGUUAAAGUGGGGCCACGAGGCCAUCGAGAUGCACAGCUCCUACUUCCACAUCGCGGCGUGGGCCAUCCCGGCCGUCAAAACCAUCGUCAUCCUCAUUAUGCGGCUGGUGGACGCCGAUGACCUCACGGGCCUGUGCUACGUGGGCAACCAGCAGCAGGAGGCGCUCACGGGCUUCGUGGUGGCUCCCCUCGCCACUUACCUCCUCGUGGGCACGCUGUUCAUCUGCGGCGGCCUGGUGGCGCUCUUCAAGAUCCGCUCCAACCUCCAGAAGGACGGCGCCAAGACGGACAAGCUGGAGCGCCUCAUGGUGAAGAUCGGCGUGUUCUCCGUCCUGUACACGGUGCCGGCGUCCACCGUGAUUGGCUGCUACCUGUACCAGCUGACCAACUGGGGGGACUUCAGGGCGUCGUCCAGGGACUCGUACGUGGCGUCGGAGAUGCUGAGGAUCUUCAUGUCGCUGCUGGUGGGCAUCACCUCGGGCAUGUGGAUCUGGUCAGCCAAGACCCUGCACACCUGGAGGCGCUGCUGGGGACGUCUGCUGAGGGAGGGGCGGGGGGGGCGGGGCAAGAGGGCGCCGGGGGACAGCUGGGUGAAAGCGGGCAAGGGCAACGAGACUGUGGUGUGA